UCAUUAGAAUAAUGUUUAAUUUUAUUUUUGGGUUCAUGGAAGAUGAGAUUCUUGAUAGUGACCAACAGAGCUCUGGCCAAUUCGAUAAUAUCAACCAAGGUCAUGAUCUACCUCUCGUAAUUGACGGCCAGCAUAUUGAAAUGAUACAGCCAAUGGAAGUUGGAGGAAACCAAGAAAAUGAUAUUUUCUUUGAAAAACCAAUUGAAGACAGCAACAAUAAUAUUGAAUCUAAUAGCUCUUCAUUCAACAGAGGUCCUUUCAUGCCUGUAGAGAAUAUACAGGAUUAUAGUGGCAAUCAAGAAAUGUUAACUAAACCAGCCCCCACCCAGAACCUGAUUGUUGAUAGCAGCACCGAUAGUGAAGGGGAAGGAAAUGACAUGAUGAAUAUCGAGGAAAAUUAUGAAGAUCCCUUUGGAGAUGACGAUGAUUCUAACUCAAAAAGAACCUUUGACCCUACCAAUUGAAACUUUUAUGCACAACAAAAUGAAUUAUCUGAGGGAUCAAUUAACUUUGAAAAGUGUGAUCCUAGAAGCGAGGGUGCUAUGAACGUUUAUUCAGAUUUAAUCUCAUCUAGUAAACAUGACCUAGGUACUUAAAUAUCUCUUAAUAUUCUA